AAAUAUGCAUUUCCCUGAAAUACCUUUGACAAUAUUACCAUACGAUCAAUAAAAAUCCGAUGAAAAACAGUUUGAGUUUUACCCCAGUGCUCAAAUAAAAAAAAAACAAAAGAGGUUUUCCAUAGUUCAUAUCGAUCGUUAGUCCUAUAUUCUUUCUACCUGGAGAGAUAUUGGGCCAGAAAUCACUACUAGAAGAUGGUGAUGACGACCGACCUUCCAUUUGAUCUGGAAAACAAGAUACUCGCCCGUGUUCCGAAAAAGUCUCCAUCACAAUGGCAAACUGUGUGUAAACGAUGGUACACUCUACGCCAAGAUCUACUCGCCAAGAAGCACUUGGCUCAAGCAGGAAGAGAGUUCAUCUUAUUGUUGAAUACUAGUGUUUAUUCAACAAUCAUCAACCUCCAAGACAUUCGUAACAACCUUUAUGAUCGGUCCAUGGAGUUUGGAGGUAAACUUGGAUCCUUACAAGAUUCAGAUGAUUUAAAAAUACAUGAUAUUUUUUAUUGCAAGGGUUUGAUCUUGUGCACUAUGGUGGGAAACCAAACGCUCGUGGUUUGCAACCCUUGUAACGGUGAGACUAGGUAUAUAGAACCUAGGACAUGCUAUCACAAAUCUGAUUUUUAUGCUCUUGGAUACAAAGGCAGCAAGUCUUCUUGUGUUAAUAGCUACAAGAUCUUGAGGUAUUGUCGUUAUGACAACAUGCAACUGGGGCGUAAGGUUUCCGAGUUUGAAAUGUAUGACUUUGUGUCUGACUCGUGGAGGGCGUUAGAUGUUGAUAAGGAUGAUUGGGACAUAACCGCUCGUGGCGUGUCUGUGAAAGGAAACACUUACUGGGUUGCUACAAAAAAGGACGACCAGUUCAUUCUCAGCUUCGAUUUCACGAGAGAGAGAUUUGGGUUUCUCCCUCUUCCGUACGAGAGUGCUGGUCCUGGUAAUUUCUCGAGUUUUGAGAAGCAUGAAGAUACCGCUGUUCUGUCAGUUGUUAGAGACGAACAGCUCUCGGUGUUACAUCAAUAUCUUCAUAUGGAUUCAUCUGAGAUGAAGAUAUGGGUGAGCAAUAAGAUUGACACCAAAAAGGUGGCGUGGGCCGAGUUCUUGGUAGUGGACGUCGUGUUGUUAAAUAUUGUCUCCUUCUUGUUGGAUGAGGAGCAUAAAGUGGCAGUGUGUUGUAGUACAGAAAAGGAUGAUGAGGAUGAUGAGGAUGAAGAGGAUGAUGAGGAUGAUGAGGAUGAUGAGGAUGAUGAUAACGAAGAAGAGUAUACCAGGAUUUUCAUUGUUGGAAAGAAUAUAGAAAGACAUGUUUAUAGUGAAGGGAUUAUAGAUGGAUCAUGGCCACAUAUCAUGAAUUACGUCCCAAGCCAAAUUCACAUUGUGAAGAAGAGUACGCGCAAAAGCAAAAGGAUACGAAUUACAAGGAGGCAUGAACCGGAGGAAGGCAUUUCUGCAAGAAGCGUUGAGGAAACAAAAGUGACACCCAAAGCAAAACCUAAAGCAUAUCGACGUUUCUAGGGUUGCUUUCAAUGUCCCAAAAUGGUUUCGGAAAUGAAAGUGACACCAGACCUAAAGCAUAUCGAAGUUCUCUUUGCUAUUGCUUUGAAUGUC